AUGAGUGAGGAAGUCAAACAAGAAGUAAAACAAGAGACAGAAGUCGCCGAACAGCCGGCCACAGACGUCGAGAAUGCCGCUCCAGCAGCCGAAGAAGCCGCUCCAGCUGCUACUGACGCCGAAGCCACAGCCGCUCCAGAAGAGUCCAACGGUGCGAAACCAGAAAAUGGAAGCUCUGAGCCAAGUAAAUACGCCGAAAACGAGAACUACCAAAAGCUUAUCGGUCUCAAGAUGAAACAGCCCGUCGCUGAAGUCAUCUGCGAAAUCUACGAUUCAGGACUUUUGACUCCAGAAGAUCUUGACGAGCGCGCCGUCGACAUCAUCAACUCGGUGAGCGUCGACCAGGCCAAAUUCAUUUUCUCGGAAAUCCAAAAGUCGGAGCUUUUUGGAGUUACCACCAAGUCACUCUACGUCACCUCGUUGAUUCGCUCCUUCAAGGAUCGUUGCCGUCACCAAGGCGCGGCUGCCGUGACUUCAGGAAAACUGAUUCAGGGACCAGAAUUGGAGGUUAUGAAGAAGCUGUUGGAGGAGACUGGAUAUCCUUUGGAGGUUACCAUUGGACAGAGAAAGGUCGGAGGACCACCGCCAGAGUGGGAUGGACCAGCUACGGGACCUACAGGAUCCUGCGAGAUCUACGUCGGCCACAUCCCCAACGACAUUUUCGAGGACAAACUGCUCCCGCUGUUCGCUGAAUCCGGAAAAGUGUAUGAUCUCCGUCUGAUGAUGGACCCAAUGACCGGAGCGUCUCGUGGCUACGCCUUCGUCACCUAUUGCAACAAGGAAGACGCCGCUGCGGCUGCCAAAAAGUUUGACGGCCACGAACUUUCGCCUGGAAAAACCCUCAAAGUGAACAUUUCGAUCGCUAACACUCGCCUUUUUCUGGGAAAUAUUCCGAAGACGAAAUCUAAAGAUGAAAUUCUUGAAGAGCUCAAGACUCAUGCAGAGGGCGUAACCGACGUCAUUGUGUACUCGGUGCCGGACAACGAGAAGAUACGCAAUCGCGGAUUCUGCUUCGUCGAUUUCAUUGAUCACAAGACCGCGUCGGAUAUUAAGAGAAAGAUUGCUCAGCAUAAGAUCCGUCCAUUCAACGCCGACGUCUAUGUCGAUUGGGCCGAGCACCAAGACGAGCCAGACGCGGACACAAUGUCCAAAGUGAAAGUGCUCUACAUCCGUAACAUAAAGGAGGCGGUCACCGAGGAGAAGUUGACAGAGCUAUUCAAAGAGUACGCGAGUCUGGAUCGUGUCAAGAAGGUCAAAGACUACGCAUUCAUUCAUUUCAACGAGCGUGACGACUGUGUGAAGGCGAUGGAAGAGUGGAAUGGAAAGGAUCUCGAGGGAACGAUUGUGGAGGCGUCGUUGGCCAAGCCGCCACAGGAGAAGAAGAAGAAGCCGUCGAUGCGUGGGCGUGGAAACAAUUAUGGUGGUGGAAACGAUAGACAGCACCAUGGAGGACGUGGUGGCGGCGGUAACUGGAAUCGUGGAGGUGGAAACCAAUACAAUAAUCAGGGACAAUUCUUCCAGAAUCACUUCAACAACGGCGGCUACGACAUGCCAAUGCCAUGGGGUGGCGGUGGUUACGGUAACGAGAUGGGAUACGGAGGCUAUGGUGGCGGUUACGGUGGACCAGGAGCCUAUGGAGACUUUGGAGGAGGCUAUGGUGGAUACGGUGGAGGACAAGGGGGAUUCCGAGGCGGAGCACGUGGAUCGCCGCGAGGUGGAGCCGGCGGCUUCCGUGGAGGACCACAGAGCGGUGGACGCGGUGGAAUGGCAAACCGAAGGGGACGCGGAAAGCGGCCAGGAGAUGGGCGCGGAGGACCGGCGUCGAAGAGAGAUAACGGAAAGCCAGACUUCUCGGCCGACGUCAACAUGAGCACUUUCUAA